AUGGCUUCGAAGGUUUACACAGUUUUCUUACUUUAUCUCUUAAACGCCGAACAAAUAAAAAGUUUUACAAUUUCUAAAUGGAGGAGAUACAGUUUAAAAGGAUAUCAAAUGGAAGAUUUUAUUGGGGAAGAAAAACGCAGAUCUUUGACCGAUUGUAUGAUAAAAUGCAACAGUUACAAUAGCGAUUGUCUGAUAACAGGAUUUAAUAUAUUAACUCAUAUGUGUUAUAUAUAUAAUAAAUUCUUAUAUGUGACUCAAAAUCAUAUACUGGAUUCUAAUAUGGAGUAUUUUAUCAAACACCAAGGUUAUUGUUCGCCACCAUUUGUUUCGGCAGAAUCAAGAUGUGUUUACAUAUCUAACACAACGAAAUAUCCCGAUACUGCCAGGACACAGUGUGAAACGUUCAAAUCAAGUAUGAUAUUGUUAGAUACUCAUGAUGAUUUGAGAUUUAUCAAGGAAAAUUUCCCCUAUUUACCAGGAGAUUUUUUUCUAGCUGCCGGCGCGAAUAAGUUUGCAGGCGAUCUCAAUAGUUUUGAAUGGUUAAGUGGAGAAAUAAUAGAAGCCACGUUGUUUUGUCCUGGUGAACCAGACAGACACGGUUAUUGUUCGCCACCAUUUGUUUCGGCAGAAUCAAGAUGUGUUUACAUAUCUAACACAACGAAAUAUCCCGAUACUGCCAGGACACAGUGUGAAACGUUCAAAUCAAGUGUGAUAUUGUUAGAUACUCAUGAUGAUUUGAGAUUUAUUAAGGAAAAUUUCCCCUAUUUACCAGGAGGUUUUUUUCUAGCUGCCGGCGCGAAUAAGUUUGCAGGUGAUCUCAAUAGUUUUGAAUGGUUAAGUGGAGAAAUAAUAGAAGCCACGUUGUUUUGUCCUGGUGAACCAGACAGAGACGAUGAUGAAAAAAGUGUUGGAAUCUCUACUGAUAGGUUUUGUUUGAAAGAUCGACUUUACGAAAUACCCCGGUUAUUCAUAUGUGAAAUGAUUUAA